AUUAUUCUCAAGUCAUAAUGCACUAUAAUUCUUGUGUGUUUCAGGUGCAUAAUUUCAGUUGUUUACCAAAGAUUUAUGCUUCGUGCAAAGAGGUUUUUGAGAAAAACAGUUCUGCUCCUUCUGGUGCCUAUCACCUUCAACUGAACAAAAAAUCAGAAGUGUAUCAAGCAUAUUGUUAUAAUCCAAACCAGACAUCCGUGUGCGGUGGAGGGGCGUGGACACUAGUUAUGAUACUGAAUGGUGCCAAGCCAACAUUUAGAUACCAUUCCCCCCUGUGGACAAACAAGGAAACCUUUAAUGCAGAGGCUGCUUUGAAUGAUAGGGGAUUUGAAGCAAAGUUGGCUUCAUAUCAUAACACACCAUUCACUAAAAUCUGCCUGAUAAUGAGGGCCAAUAACAAAAACGCAAAAUCUAUAGUCCUCAACUAUACCGCAAGUUCGCUGUACAGUGUGAUCGCAGGCCAAACCAACCACGUGAAAACGAACACGAGCUCUGCAAAGUGGAUGUCGCUUAUAGACAGUCCCACGAUGCAGCAAAACUGUAACAUGGAAGGUUUUAACAUGAAGUUUCUUAGCAGUGAGCUGUUUCUGCGAAUUGGCUUGGUGGGUAGUCAUGACAAGAAUUGCAGCCACCCGGAAACAUGGCUAGGUUAUGGCUUAGGGGGAAAGUAUAAAUAUUCCAGUGGAAACGGUAACGGAAUGUCAGGGUUGAUAGUACAAACAUUUGGUUAUAUUUCAGUCCAAUGAACGACAUUGUAUAACAACACGUUUUAGCAGAAAACCAGCGACCAAAAAUGAUCAAUUGUAUUGUAAAAAGAAAUGGUACGAAGAGUUCUUGCAACUAUCGUGAACGAAACUUUAAACUUUACUAUGUAUAAUAUGUAUAGACAUGCAUGUAAUAAUAAUAUAUCAGUUUUAAUUUGUCCAAUUACGACACCGGCAGUCAUGUAGCUAGAAUGUCGUCGAAUAGGUU